CCAAUAUGGCACCUUCCAUGGAAGAGCAAAUUGAGAGUGUCACCUCUUAUAAUUUGCGGCCUUUAGUCCUCCAUGGAUAUAUAUUCCCGUUUGUAUUCAUAUACAUCGCUUGGUUGUACAUGUUAGUGAUUGUCUAUGGUGUCAAUGAUUACUUGGAAGCGGGAUUGAUCGUUUUAGCAGCCAUAGGAUGUGUCCAAAUUUUGGUCUGCUUGUUCUGCCAUUGGUCAAUACACGUGAGAUGUUCACUCACUUGCAGGAAGGAAUCCAAUCCCUUUGACGCAGACUGGGUGAAGGUUGUCCCUACAGCCAACAAUGGCUAUCCGGAACUGGUCCAGCUCCACACGGAGAUUCACCCGACCACGGAGAAGCGAGAUCUGUGGUUUAUGUUCCAGAAGGCCAAGUACGUCUACGAUGCAGAGGAGAAGAAGCGGUUCCAGGCGGUGGAGUUCCCGGUCAGCCACGCCCUCAAGACCUACCAGUCUUGGAAGGGGUACCAGGAUGACAGCGAGGUUGCCGAGACAAAGAAGAAGUUUGGAGACAAUCAGGUGGCAAUGGACCCUCCGGAGUUCAAAGAACUUUUCUUAGAGAGGGCCACAGCACCUUUCUUUGUAUUUCAAGUUUUCUGUGUGGCCCUCUGGUGCCUUGAUGAAUAUUGGUAUUACAGUGUCUUCACUUUGUUCAUGCUGGUGACCUUUGAGGCAACUCUGGUUCAUCAACAGCUCCGCAACCUGACAGAAAUCAGGAAAAUGGGGAACAAGCCUUAUAUGAUACAGGUGUAUCGUAACCGCAAGUGGCGCCCCAUCUUCAGCAGCGACCUGGUCCCAGGGGACAUCUGCUCCAUCACCCGGUCUCAGAACGACAACCCUGUCCCUUGCGACCUUCUGCUUCUGAGGGGUCCCUGCAUCGUGGACGAGUCCAUGCUGACUGGAGAAUCUGUCCCUCAAAUGAAGGAGCCAGUAGAGGGUCUAGAAGGGGAUCACAUCCUGGACCUUCAGUUUGACACCAAGCUCCACGUUCUAUCUGGAGGUACAAAGGUCGUACAGCACACCCCUCCCAACAAAUCAGGUCCAGGACUCAAAGCUACUGAUAAUGGCUGCAUAGCAUACGUAUUGAGAACUGGCUUUAAUACCUCACAAGGCAAAUUGCUGAGCACCAUCCUGUAUGGAGUGAAGCGGGUGACGGCCAACAAUCUAGAAACAUUCCUCUUCAUCCUCUUCCUUCUCAUCUUUGCCAUUGCUGCUGCUUCUUACGUCUGGAUAGAAGGCACCAAGGAUCCAGAUCGUAACAAGUACAAGCUCUUCCUGGAGUGCACCCUGAUCCUCACCUCCGUCGUACCCCCAGAGCUCCCCAUCGAGCUCUCCCUGGCUGUCAACUCAUCGCUUUUGGCACUCACAAGACUAGGUGUGUACUGCACAGAGCCGUUCCGUAUCCCGUUUGCAGGCAAGGUCGAUAUCUGUUGCUUUGACAAGACUGGAACACUGACCAGUGAUAACCUGGUGGUAGAGGGCGUUGCGGGUCUCCCGGGUAAAGAGAAGCUAUGUUCCAUCACCGACGUUCCCCUGGACACUGCCCAGGUGCUUGCUACCUGUCACUCUCUGGCCAAGCUGGACGACACCCUGGUGGGCGAUCCACUGGAGAAGGCCACACUGACCGCUGUGGACUGGACACUGACCAAAGGUGACGUCGUGAUCCCCAAUCGCAUCCAGAGUCGGCCGCUGAAGAUUGUCCAGCGGUUUCACUUCUCUAGUGCCCUCAAGAGGAUGGCGGUCAUCGCGUCCCUCCAGACCCCCGACUGGGAAGGCUCGGUGGACUGCACCUAUCUGGCCUCGGUCAAGGGGGCACCAGAGACCCUUCGAGCCAUGUUCACCGUUGUGCCUGAUAACUAUGACGAGGUUCACUCUCAGAUGUCCAGACAAGGUGCCAGGGUUCUUGCCCUAGGACACAGGAAGCUAGGACACAUGACUUCACAACAGCUGCGUGACUUGUCUCGUGAUGACGUCGAGAAAGACCUCAGUUUCGUUGGUUUUGUCAUCAUUUCCUGUCCUCUGAAGUUUGAUUCGAAAGCAGCCAUCAAAGAGAUCCAGCAUGCAUCUCACUAUACAACCAUGAUUACCGGUGACAACCCUCUGACUGCCUGUCAUGUCGCCAAGGAACUUCACUUCACCAAGAAACCACACACCCUCAUCCUCAAGCCACCUGUUGAAAAUGAAUCUGAUGAAUGGCAUUGGCAGUCUAUCGACGACACCGUGACGUAUCCCAUGAUCCCCUCUCGGGAGGAAGAGCGCCUCCUAUUGGCCAAAGAUCUCUGUCUCACCGGAGAGGCCAUCACCCAUCUCCAAACCACCAAUUUACCUUUUCUGAACAGAAUCUUACCCAAAGUAAAAGUGUUCGCUCGAGUAGCACCAAAACAAAAGGAGUAUGUGAUUACCACAUUGAAAAGUCUUGGAUAUACGACUCUUAUGUGCGGAGACGGUACCAAUGACGUGGGAGCUCUAAAGCAUGCACAUGUUGGUGUUGCUCUUCUUUCAAAUGUUCCUGAGAGGUUUUUACGAGAUAAGAAAAGGCCCAAAGAAGAGACAGCAGAGACCAGUGGGGAGAACAAACAACUCAAGAAUUCUUCUGGCCCAGAGAGGAUACCCUCCGCCUCCCAUCACAGCGGGGGCCGGCAUGGGGGCGGAGGGGGGCGAGCAGCCAGGCAGAGGGCCUUCGCUAAGGGAGAAGACCUCACUAGGAAAAAGUUGAAUACCAUGAUGAAGGAGAUAGAGGAGCAGGAUCAAGCUCAAGUAGUCAAGUUAGGAGAUGCAAGUAUAGCAUCGCCUUUCACCUCUAAGCUAUCAUCAGUGCAAUGUGUAUGUCACAUCAUUAAGCAAGGCCGCUGUACAUUGGUCACCACUCUUCAAAUGUUCAAGAUUCUAGCGCUCAACGCCCUCAUCCUAGCGUACAGUCAGAGCGUCCUCUAUCUGGACGGCAUCAAGUUCAGCGACGCCCAGGCCACGCUGCAAGGCCUCCUAUUGGCCGGUUGUUUCCUCUUUAUAUCUAGGUCAAAGCCAUUGAAGGUAUUAUCUAGGAGUCGUCCUCUACCAAACAUCUUCAAUGUGUAUACUGUCCUGACGGUCAUUUCUCAGUUUGCUGUCCAUUUUAUGGUCAUGAUGUACCUCGUACGGGAAGCAAAAGAAAGGUCGCCUCCCAGGGAGUCAGAGUUUCCCGAUCUAGAGAAGAAGUUUGAACCCAACCUGGUCAACAGCACAGUCUAUAUACUCUCUAUGAUGCUACAGAUAAGCACAUUUGCUGUCAACUACAAGGGUCAUCCAUUCAUGGAGUCAUUGAGGGACAACAAGCCACUCCUAUACAGUCUAGCAUUCUCUACCAUAUCCGUUUUCACCCUCAUCUCUGGAGUCCUCCCAGACAUCUCCGACCAGUUUGAAAUUGUAGAAUUCACGGCCGAUUACCGUUUGCUGGUGUUCCAGGUUCUAGUAGGAGACAUGGUUUCUGCAUUCGUCAUUGACAGGACCCUCCAAUUCCUUUUGGGAGCAGCAAAAUUAAGAGGAGCACAUUAGUCCUGCAUAAAACUGUCAUGUAUUGUUAUGGCUGGGACUACACGGAAUGUAGGGCUUCAAAUUUGUCACCGUGGAUAGUGGUGAUGUCGUGAAGCAAUGCAAAGGAUAUUUUCAUAUGCAACAAGUGAAUGUCGAAACUCAAAAACAUUGUUUUGUUGUUGUUGAUGUAUGUAGCAAAGAUAUAUUGAUUUAUUUGAUUUGAUAGACAAUGACGA